CCAGUGGGCAGGAUGGAGGACGAGGAAGGCCCUGAGUACGGGAAGGCUGACUUUGUGCUUUUGGACCAACUGACAAUGGAGGAUUUCAUGAAGAACCUACAGCUCAGGUUUGAGAAGGGCCGUAUCUAUACCUACAUCGGUGAGGUGCUGGUAUCCGUGAACCCCUACCAGGAGCUGCCAUUGUAUGGACCAGAGGCCAUUGCCAAGUACCAGGGCCGUGAGCUCUACGAGCGACCACCCCAUCUUUACGCUGUGGCCAAUGCUGCCUACAAGGCAAUGAAGCGUAGAUCCAGGGACACCUGCAUCGUCAUCUCAGGGGAGAGUGGAGCAGGGAAGACGGAAGCCAGCAAGCAUAUCAUGCAGUACAUCGCUGCUGUCACCAACCCAAGCCAGAGGGCUGAGGUGGAGAGGGUGAAGGAUGUACUGCUGAAGUCUACCUGUGUGCUGGAAGCCUUUGGCAAUGCCCGAACCAACCGCAACCACAACUCUAGCCGCUUCGGCAAGUACAUGGACAUCAACUUCGACUUCAAGGGGGAUCCUGUUGGAGGACACAUCCACAGCUAUCUGCUGGAGAAGUCUAGGGUCCUCAAGCAGCAUGUGGGUGAGAGGAACUUCCAUGCCUUCUACCAGUUGCUUAGGGGCAGUGACGACCAAGAGCUGCAAGGACUGCAUCUGGAGAGGAAUCCUGCUGUGUAUAACUUCACACGCCAGGGAGCCGGGCUCAGCAUGGGUGUGCACAAUGCUUUGGAUAGUGAUGAGAAGAGCCACCAAGCCGUGAUGGAGGCUAUGCAGAUCAUUGGCUUCAGUCCUGAGGAGGUGGAGUCCAUCCAUCGGAUCCUAGCUGCCAUACUGCACCUGGGCAACAUCGAGUUUGUGGAGACAGAGGAAAAUGGGCCACAGAAAGGAGGCCUGGCAGUAGCAGAGGAGGCCCUGGUGGACUACGUGGCCAAGCUAACAGCCACACCCAGGGACCUUGUUCUUCGAACCUUACUGGCUCGUACAGUGGCUUCCGGAGGCCGAGAACUCAUAGAGAAAGGCCACACUGUGGCCGAGGCCAGCUAUGCCCGGGACGCCUGUGCCAAGGCAGUGUACCAGCGGUUGUUUGAGUGGGUCGUGGACAGGAUCAAUGGCAUCAUGGAACCCCGGGGCCGUGACCCUCGGCGUGACGGCAAGGACACAGUCAUUGGUGUGCUGGACAUCUAUGGCUUUGAAGUCUUCCCCGUCAACAGCUUUGAGCAGUUCUGCAUCAACUAUUGCAACGAGAAGCUCCAGCAGCUCUUCAUCCAGCUUAUCCUGAAGCAAGAGCAAGAGGAGUAUGAGCGCGAGGGCAUCGCCUGGCAGAGCAUUGAAUACUUCAACAACGCCACCAUCGUGGAACUAGUCGAGCGGCCCCACCGAGGCAUCCUGGCUGUGCUAGAUGAGGCCUGCAGCACAGCAGGCCCGAUCACUGACCGCAUCUUCCUGCAGACCCUGGACACACAUCACCGCCACCACCCGCACUAUUCGAGCCGCCAGCUUUGCCCUACAGAUAAAACCAUGGAGUUUGGCCGAGACUUCCGGAUCAAACACUAUGCAGGGGAUGUCACGUACUCUGUGGAGGGCUUCAUUGACAAGAAUAGAGAUUCCCUUUUCCAGGACUUCAAACGGCUGCUGUACAAUAGUGCAGAUCCCACCUUGCGGGCCAUGUGGCCAGAUGGGCAACAGGACAUUACAGAAGUAACCAAGCGCCCCCUGACAGCUGGCACGCUUUUUAAGAACUCCAUGGUUGCACUAGUGGAGAACUUGGCUUCCAAGGAGCCCUUCUAUGUCCGCUGCAUCAAGCCCAAUGAAGACAAGGUGGCUGGGCGGCUCGAUGAAGCCCACUGUCGCCACCAGGUGGCAUACCUGGGGCUCCUGGAGAAUGUGAGGGUCCGCAGGGCUGGCUUUGCUUCCCGUCAGCCCUACCCGCGAUUCCUGCUCAGGUACAAGAUGACCUGCGAGUACACGUGGCCCAACCACCUGCUGGGCUCCGACAAGGAGGCUGUGAGCGCCCUGCUGGAGCAGCAUGGGCUGCAAGGGGAUGUGGCCUUUGGCCACAGCAAGCUCUUCAUCCGAUCCCCAAGGACGCUGGUCACUCUGGAACAGAGCCGAGCUCGCCUCAUUCCCAUCAUUGUGUUAUUACUGCAGAAGGCAUGGCGUGGCACCCUGGCUAGGUGGCGCUGCCGGCGGCUAAGGGCCAUCUAUACUAUCAUGCGCUGGUUCCGGAGGCACAAGGUGCGUGCUCACCUGCUUGAACUGCAGCGACGGUUCCAGGCUGCACGGCAGCCCCCACUCUAUGGCCGUGACCUUGUGUGGCCACCACCUCCUGCUGUGUUGCAGCCCUUCCAGGACACUUGCCAUCUUCUUUUCAGCAGGUGGCGGGCACGGCAGUUAGUGAAGAACAUUCCUCCUUCAGACAUGACCCAGAUCAAGGCCAAGGUGGCCGCUAUGGGGGCCUUGCAAGGAUUGCGUCAGGAUUGGGGCUGCCAGCGGGCCUGGGCCCGAGACUACCUGUCCUCUGACACUGACAACCCCACAGCUUCUCACCUGUUUGCUGAGCAACUGAAAGCUCUUCGGGAGAAGGAUGGUUUUGGGUCCGUGCUUUUUUCCAGUCACGUGCGCAAGGUGAAUCGCUUCCGCAAGAGCCGGGACAGGGCCCUCCUGCUCACCGACCGGCAUCUCUACAAGCUGGAGCCUGGCCGACAGUACCGGGUGAUGCGGGCUGUGCCCUUGGAUGCGGUGACAGGGCUGAGUGUGACCAGUGGACGAGACCAGCUGGUGGUGCUACACGCCCAAGGCUAUGAUGACCUUGUAGUGUGUCUACACCGUUCCCAGCCACCACUCGACAAUCGCAUUGGGGAGCUGGUGGGCAUGCUGGCUGCACACUGCCAAGGGGAGGGGAGAACCCUGGAGGUCCGUGUUUCUGACUGUAUCCCACUGAGUCAACGUGGUGCCCGGCGCCUCAUCUCUGUGGAGCCAAGGCCAGAGCAGCCUGAGCCAGAUUUCAAAUGUAGCCGCAGUGCCUUCACCCUCCUCUGGCCAAGCCACUGAGCCAGCCCAAGCCAGUCUAGCUUGGUUUCCACAGAGUUCUAAAAUCACCUGGCUUUGCCUUGGCCACGCCAAAGGCCAGGACUUGUCCACCCCUGCCUGGAACAUCACACAAUAAAGAUGCUAUAUUUGUGUCUAGUGUGGCUGCUGCUGCCUUGGCCAGUGUUGACCCAGCAUUCCCUGCU